AUGGAGCAGUUGGGGGAGAUGCUGCCACAGCCGGAUCCGGUGAAUACAAGCAAAGACGAAUUCUAUUGGGCAGAGGACGAAUAUCGUAGCUUCUCUGUCAAAAACUGUGUGGUUUUGGAGGAUGCUUUCCAUCUUUUUGAUGGGUGCCCAACUACUAGAAGGAUUUGGUCCAAAGUUGGAGAGUGGAUAGGAUCUUCGGUUAAUCUGUCGAACAAAGAGCUGAGGAACUAUUUGGAUCAUUUUACAAAGAUUAAGGCGGUAGACGAACGAUUAACUGUAGGUAUAAUUUGGUCGGCGGUUUUAUGGAAUUUUUGGCUUAUGCGAAAUGAUAUUCUGUUUAAAGGUAAUGUUUUUACCUUUGACGAGUGUUUUAGCGCUAUAGUGCUCACUUCGUGGAAAUGGUUUAGGUCAGUUAAUGAUUCUUCUACGGCUUGUAAUUUCCAUUUUUGA